UAUGACAGAGGAGAGUGUCUGCUGUCAGUGGAAGCUUACGACAUAAAGACAAACAAAUGGACUCCUUUACCUGACAUGCCUGACCCUAGGGGGCGCUUUUCCAUGGAACAGAUCAACGGUGUCCUAUAUGCAAUAGGGGGCUCUGAUGGUCAUGGUUGCCAAACGAAAAUACACUGCUUCGACGUUGCUACACAGAAGUGGAAAACUCUCUGUAGUACCAGCAACGCUAGGGUGUCACAAGGUGUGAUAGCGAUGAACGACACACUCUACCUGGUGUGUUUUGAUGUUGUGUUUUUGUUUACAGGUGUGAUAGCGAUGAACGACACACUCUACCUGGUGUGUUUUGAUGUUGUGUUUUUUGUUUACAGGUGUGAUAGUGAUGAACGACACACUCUACCUGGUGUGUUUUGAUGUUGUAUUUUUGU